AUGGCUUCUGUUUACGAGCAAUGGUUGAAUAACAGGAAGAUGAAAUGGAAACAAGCGCAUGAACAUUUGUUAUCGGUUGAUAAAAAUGGUAUAAAUAUAAAUAAAAAUCAACUAAAAGAUGUUUUAAUUCAGUUGAAAGAUACAGAAUUAGGCAAAAAACAUAAAUUAAAUGAAUUAUUAGAACAAGCGAAAGAUGAUAUUGAUAAACUGGUAGAUCUAUUCACUGUUCAAAUACCUGUUUCGAGUUACGACGAUAUUAAAGAUUAUGUGCAACGAUCGAUAGACGGUGAAGUGAAUUUAUUAGUUCCCAAAGGAGCUAUUGCUGCGUAUUCUGUAUCUUCGGGCACAACAGGAUUUUCAAAGCAUUUUCCAUUUAAUAUCAAUGCUCUACCGUCAUUUAUGAUUCAUGUAGCUGAUCAACAGUACUUAUUAAGUGAAAAAUUUCCAUCCCUAUUCGAGGAAAAAGCAAAAAGAUUAUUAUUAUAUGCUAAAGCCGGAACAAGAAGCCAGUCGACAGAUGGCAUCUACAUAGGUCCAGGAUCAAUGUUUUAUUAUAGGAAUACUGUUGCUCAUGCAACAUAUUUAAAACAGUUAAAUGAGAAGUCUCAUUCAGAAGUUCUUAAUGGUGAUUAUCCUCCAAUAUGGCGUUUCGCUUCACCACCAGACGCCUACGAAGUAUUAGAUAGAGGACAUUUAGAACCCUAUUAUAUUCAAAUAUUAUUCGCUUUGAAAGAACGAGAUAAUGUUCGUUCAAUCGGUGCUGUGUUUGUCUCAAACCUGUUGCAAUUAUUCGAUGUCAUUCAGUUAAAUUGGCGUCAAAUGGUUCAUGAUCUUAAAACAGCAAAACCUGCAGACGAUUCACCCAUUUGGUCUAAUAUAUCACCGGCACUUAGACAAACUUUAAUUGAGAAAUUACAACCACCUGAACCAAAAUUAGCGGACGAUAUUCAAGAGAUAAUGAGUGAUGUCCAGCCAGGAUGGGGUAAACGAUUAUUUCGCGAAUUAAUUAUGACACAGUCUGGUUCUGGCGGUACAUUGAUGCACUAUUAUGAGAAAUUAUCAGAAAUACUUGGUAGCGAUGUUCAUUUUUGCGGUGAUCUGUUUUAUAUUUCAUCCGAAGGUGCACUCGGUACCAAUGCUGAUCAUAUAUCUUUAAACAAAUUUGUGAAUGCUGUGAAAUUUUGUUACAGUGAACUUAUAGCAGAAGACCAAUGGGAUCAAACUAAUCCUCGAUGCUCUCCUAUUGAGCAAGCCGAAAUAGGUAAAUUAUAUGAAUUAGUUAUAACAAAUUUGAAUGGUUUAUAUCGCUACCGAAUGACUGAUGUUAUCAAAAUAGUUGAGUAUGAAACUGGCCAAUUGCCUCGAUUUGAACUAUAUUUUCGUCGUGCAACAAUAUUAAAUCAUUUUACUGAAAAAGUAACUGAGCAGGAGGUUCUUGAUGCUGUACAACGUGGAAUUAAAGAACUGAAUCGACAAACCAAAACGAAUUUUAUUCUGGUUGAUUUUUGUGCAACAUCAUCUCAUGAUAAUAAUCUAUUUUAUCAUACAUUAUUCAUAGAACUAAAAUCGUUAACAAAUAAUAACGAUAGAUUAGAUGAAAUAUUAUUUUCAACACUAAUCGAAACGUAUUUAGUAGAAAAUAAUAUGUAUUAUGGAAUAUAUCGUCAAUCAGCUAAAUUGCAACCAAUACAAAUACGUAUAUGUAAAACCGGAGCAUUUUUAAAAUUGAAAAGCGCUCAAAUGUUGUUGGGUGCUCAUAGUGAACAAGUAAAAAUACCACGUGCUAUUCCAAAAGUUUUACCAAUGCUAUUAGCGAUUAUGACGGAAAAUUCAACAGAAAUUGAUAUCAUGAAAAACACUGACUGA